UCUUCUCUGGUUCGGGGAGACGAAAGCUGUUCAUUCAUUCUGCUUUCUCGUCAGGACAGCCUUGUCCAACUGCAUCUUUCACUUACUCUCGAUACCCAACAAGAUUUCAAUUCCUUUGUUUAGCCUAUCAUGGCUUCGUCACUUGGCGCUUUGAGGAAUGUAGUCGAACCAGCUUUCAUCGUCUUUGCCUUCACCGUAGGCACUCUCAUCAACCGCCGCCGACUGGAUCGCGACGAUGAUGUAGACUCGUGUGAGCGUGGGUCGGAGAAUUCCUCCUCCCGCCCCACCUCUCCGCUCCUUAAGCCGGGGAUGCGCGCGGAGUCGGGCGAGGUGUCCCGCAUCAACAGUAAACUUCUCGUUCGAUUUUACAAUACCUUUCCGUUUCUUGCUGAAAUUUGGUAUUGGAAUGCGACAUACUGGAUAUACCAACUGCUCCGUGCCUUCUCGGCACGCAUGAUAGCCGGUAACGAAGCUGUCUUCGCAAGAGGCCGCGAUCAUGCGAUUUCUAUCUUGAAGUUCGAGCACUUUUUCGGCAUUGACAUCGAGCUUGGGGUACAGAAAUAUGUCCUCAACAACAUGCCAUGGUUGAUGUCCUACCUGGCCAAGAUCUACUACUUCCACAUCAGCCUGGGCAUCAUCUUCAUCAUCUACUGCUACACCUUCCUUCCACCGAGCACUUUCCAGAGAAUCCGACGAACUAUCGCUAUGGACAACGCAAUCGCCUUUGUUAUCGUGACAACCUACCGCUGCAUGCCGCCGCGCAUGCUUCCGGCCGAGUACGGAUUUGAGGAUGUGCUCCACGGAGCAAAGGGGGGAGGCAACGCCUGGACACACAACAAGUUUCAGCUCACCAUCGCCGCGAUGCCGAGUCUUCACUGUGGUACCGCUCUCUUCCUCGCUUGGAGCAUCUGCCGAUUCUCGCCCCACCGUCCGCUUCGUCUCAUCGCGCCCCUGUGGCCGAUGGCUAUGCUCUUCACGAUCGUCGCAACGGCGAACCACUUCAUCUUGGAUGCUAUGAUUGGUGCGAUGGUUCCUGUUAUUGGGUGGAGGUUCAACAGAGCUGUCUUGGUAUUGCUGCCGAUGCAAAAUCGAGUGUUGGAGGGACUGGGGUUGAAGACCCCUGAGGAUGAGGACAAUACUCCGGCAUAUAUCCCAAAAGAGUGGUAAGACUGCGGUCACGGGAAAAGGUUAAACGAAACAUUCAGUGAGAUACUGAGCGCCAUAAUAAUUUCAAUAGACAACCGCGCUAACGACGACAAAUUUCAAACACAUGAUCGGACAGGCCUGUGGUUCCUGGGAAGUCAUGCGAUAACUGCGAAUCGGCCGAUGUCGUGACUUGAAUGACCUACACCCCAUCGCGGCUAUUCUCAUAUCUUUUCUACCCCCUUGAGAGUUCGCAAGCCCAUCUUUAGUCUU